AUGCCUCACACUUCGGCCCCAGCCUCGAGCGCCCACAAGCCCCCGACAGCGAGAGAUAUUCCCCCAGUCGCCCUGACAAAUAUUACCAAGAUCGAUGUGGACGAGUUCAAGCCCUAUCUGUCGCAGAUUGGAACCCUUUACGAGCAACUUCAAAGAUUAAAGGAAAACGACGAGGAGGCAAACCAGCAGCGAACCAGUCGGCAACCCGACACACCAACCGAUACUGGCGAUGGAUUCUUGCGACCAAGCUCAAGGUCUCGACCGACCCGCAAGGGCUCUACUACAUCUCUCUCGUCGCUGAACUCGAAUGAAGGCGCGAGUCCGGUACGAAGACCCAGUGCCGGCUUUGUCCGAAGAGCUACCCAAGGACCGCCUCCUUUGUCGACCAUCCCGACCGUGUACUUUGACGACGACUUCCGCCUCGAGAAUCCGCGAACGUUUGAUGUUGUCAGUGAGCGAUCCGAGGUUAUUCGGCCGACCAACGCCGAGGAUGGCAAGGGAGGACUCAAUGGAAGUGCUGCUGCACCGCGCAAGGCCCUCGCUACCAACGCUAUCUUGCAGGAGAAGCUGUCAUGGUACAUGGACACUAUCGAGGUUCAUCUCAUCAAUUCGAUUUCUACUGCAUCCACCACCUUCUUCACGGCCCUGGGAUCCCUGAAGGAACUGCACUCGGAAGCCGCCGAAUCUGUCACACGAAUCAAGACACUCAGAAAGGAACUGGAGGCACUUGACGAAGAGAUAGCGGCCAAAGGCUUGCAGAUUGUACACAAGAGACGAAGACAGGAGAACUUGCGACAGCUCAACGACGCUGUGCUUCAGCUGAAGCAGAUCGCCGAUGGAGUCGCAAAUUGUGAGACUUUGGUUGACGAAGGCGAGAUCGACAAGGCCUUGGCAAGCAUUGAUACGCUUGAGAAGCUUAUUGCCGGCGAAAGAGAUGCGACUGCCAACAGCGACCUGGAAAUUCAGCUACGAGAUCUGCGAUCGGCUUCAGCCCUACAAGGCGUCAACGCGGAUCUGGCCACUCUAAGAUCUCGCAUUGGAAAGGCAUACGAAACCAACUUCUCCAACAUCCUGAUCCGUGACUUGCGACGACAUUCCGAAUCUGUCUCCCCGCAGGAGAUUCUUCUCAGAUGGAGCAACGCAGCAAACCGAGCUAAGGGCGGCCAUGCGAGAUCACCUUCAGUGUUUCCAACCUAUCUGACAGGCACCGACGAGCUCAAGGCCGAAUUGUUUCCCAACAUGUUUGGCCUACACCGCGCGAAGCACAUUGCUGCUGCGACUAUUGCCUACAGAGAAGCCGUCUUGCGUGAGAUUCGAAACUUGAUUCGGCGACCACUGCCUAGUUCUACAGAUGAUGACAACGAGUCAAUGAUGUCGGUUUCCACCGCAAGUGGAGGUCGUCACUUGUCAAACCAGGAGAAGUCAUCUAUUCUGGCACGAAACCUUCGUGCUCUGGAGGCUGAGGAUGGCGAGGAGCUGCUCAUCAAGAUCUACAUUGGAGUUACAGAGACUCUAAGGAGAAUGACAACGCAGGUCAAGGUUUUGCUAGAGAUCACCAGCUCUCUAUCUGACAGCCCAGAAGGGGAUGGUUUGAGGUCUCCCCCAGUCAGAUCACCGAUUUCAAGUCCAAGACCAGAUCGCUACCCAGGCGGUUUCUUCAACAACGCCGCGAUGGAAGUACAGGAGGAGCUACACAAGAGUCUCGAUAUGGCUAAUCUUCUCGGCCAAGCUGUUGAUGUGGCCAUUGAGAAGAUUGUCAAGGUGUUGAAGGUUCGAGCAGAGCAAACGGCGCAGCUGCCUCUGCCAAUGUUCCUCCGAUACUUUACACUCAACUUGUACUUUGCCAACGAGUGCGAGUCGAUAUCUGGUCGCAGCGGCACAUCCUUAAAGACUGUGGUUAAUGGCCACAUCAAGGACUUUGUGCAGAGGAACCGCGAUGUAGAGAUGCAGAAGCUUGCGCAAGGGAUGGAGUCUGACCAGUGGAAUGCCAAAGAUUUUAACGAGAAGAAUGAGGCGUUGCUCAACAUCAUCAUGGCGAGCAGCACCCAAGAUCCUGCUGAAUGGACAGACAGCACCAAGAUCUGGAUACCAGCUUCGGAGUUGGAGCCGGCAGAAGACGAAGAUGCAAUCGAGACGAACGGAACCAGCAAGGAAAAGACUAGGACAGCCACGAUCGAUUUGGAGUCGUUCAUGCUUCCCAAGUCAGCAAUCCUAUGUCUCGAGGGAGUUGCAAAGUUCUCGCAUCUGAUAAGCGGGAUCCCAUCCAUGACGAUCGACAUUGCAACGUCGUUGAUAGCGUAUCUCCAGCUCUUCAACUCGAGAUGUACACAGCUCAUUCUGGGUGCUGGUGCCACUCGAUCAGCAGGAUUGAAGAACAUCACGACCAAGCACUUGGCGCUGGCAUCACAGGCACUGUCCUUUAUAGCCACACUCAUCCCUCACAUGCGAGAGUUUGUGAGGCGCCAUGCAGGAUCUGGAGCAAGCGUGUCGAAUCUCAUGGGCGAGUUUGAUAAGAUUAGACGUCUCCUACAAGAGCACCAAGACAGCAUCUACCAGAAACUGGUCGAGAUCAUGAGCGGCAGAGCAGCUAUUCACUCUCGAACGAUGAAGUCGAUCGACUGGGACAAGGACGCGGGCAAAACUGGUGUGCAUCCGUACAUGGAGACGUUGGCAAAGGAGACGACGACACUGCACCGCGUCUUGACCAAGCAUCUCCCGCAGAUGUCCAUCCAGAUGAUUAUGCUUCCGGUGUUUUCUAGCUAUAGGGACCAGCUUGGAGCAAGCCUCAAGGACGCCGAAGUCAAGACUGAGGCUGGCUUGAAGAGCAUGUUACAUGACAUUGAGUUCCUCACGACAAAGCUAGGAAGACUAGAUGGGUUUGAAGAGACGGAUGAACAUCUGAAAAAGAUUAUCAACGCAAAACAAGUCAAGGCAGAGGAGCCAGCUCCAGUAGAGACCAAGAAGGAAGAGAAGGAGGAAGAGACAAAGGAAGCCGAGGCAGCUCCUGCAGCGGAGCCCGGUAAAGAGGAAGAAAAGAAGUAG